AGAAGAAUACAUUGCCACAUUUAAAGGGUCUGAGUAUUUCUGCUACGACUUGUCUCAAAACCCAAUACAAAGCAGCAGUGAUGAAAUUACUUUGUCGUUUAAAACCCUUCAGAGGAACGGACUGAUGCUUCACACAGGGAAAUCUGCAGAUUAUGUCAAUCUGGCGCUGAAAAAUGGAGCCGUCUCUUUGGUCAUUAAUUUGGGGUCAGGGGCCUUUGAGGCCUUGGUGGAACCGGUGAAUGGAAAAUUUAAUGACAAUAGCUGGCAUGAUGUGAAAGUAACAAGGAACCUGCGUCAGCACUCAGGCAUUGGACACGCUAUGGUAACAAUAUCAGUGGAUGGGAUUCUGACCACAACAGGCUACACACAGGAAGACUACACCAUGCUGGGUUCAGAUGACUUUUUCUAUGUUGGAGGCAGCCCCAGCACAGCAGAUCUCCCCGGCUCACCAGUUAGCAACAACUUCAUGGGCUGUCUAAAGGAGGUUGUGUAUAAAAACAAUGAUGUACGGCUAGAAUUGUCAAGACUUGCCAAACAAGGUGAUACCAAAAUGAAGGUUCAUGGUAUUGUCGCCUUUAAAUGUGAGAAUGUUGCAACUCUUGACCCAAUCACUUUUGAAAAUCCUGAGUCCUAUAUUUCUUUACCAAAAUGGAAUGCAAAAAAGACUGGCUCAAUAUCCUUUGACUUCCGUACAACAGAACCCAAUGGCCUAAUACUAUUCAGCCAUGGUAAACCUCGACACCAGAAAGAUGCCAAGAACCCCCAAAUGGUGAAGGUUGACUUCUUUGCCAUUGAGAUGCUAGAUGGACACCUCUUCUUACUUCUAGACAUGGGAUCAGGAACCAUUAAAAUAAAAUCAGUUCAGAAGAAGGUCAAUGAUGGAGAAUGGUACCAUGUGGACUUCCAACGUGAUGGACGCACAGGUACCAUAUCUGUCAAUACUGUACGCAAUCCGUACACGUCUCCUGGUGAAAGUGAAAUUCUUGACCUGGAUGAUGACUUGUACCUUGGGGGUUUGCCUGAAAAUAAAGCCGGCUUGGUUUUCCCAACUGAAGUGUGGACAGCUCCUCUGAACUAUGGAUAUGUUGGAUGCAUAAGAGACUUAUUUAUAGAUGGCCAAAGUAAAGACAUACGCCAAAUGGCGGAACUUCAAGGCACAGCUGGAGUAAAGCCUUCAUGUUCUAGAGAAACAGCCAAGCCUUGCAUCAACAAUCCAUGUAAGAAUAACGGAAUCUGUAGAGAUGGAUGGAAUCGAUAUGUCUGUGAUUGUUCUGCUACUGGCUACCUCGGCCGCUCUUGUGAAAGAGAGGCCACUAUUUUGAGUUACGACGGAAGCAUGUUUAUGAAAAUACAACUCCCUGUUGUUAUGCAUACGGAGGCAGAAGAUGUGACUUUGCGUUUCCGCUCUCAGCGUGCAUAUGGCAUUUUAAUGGCGACCACUUCAAGAGAAUCUGCGGAUACUUUGCGUUUGGAACUUGAUGCUGGACGUGUAAAACUUACGGUUAACUUAGACUGUAUCAGGAUUAACUGUAAUUCCAGCAAGGGCCCAGAGACACUUUAUGCUGGUUAUAACCUCAAUGAUAAUGAGUGGCACACAGUACGUGUGAUACGACGAGGAAAAAGUUUAAAGUUAAUUGUGGACGAUCAACAAGACAUGACAGGUCAAAUGGCUGGUGACCACACAAGACUGGAAUUCCACAACAUUGAAACUGGAAUCAUAACUGAGCGUCGUUACCUGACAGCUGUCCCUUCCAAUUUCAUUGGCCAUCUACAAAGCCUAACCUUCAACAGCAUGCCAUACAUUGACCUCUGCAAGAAUGGAGAUAUUGAUUAUUGUGAACUGAAUGCCCGCUUCGGGUUCAGAAACAUCAUUGCUGAUCCAGUUACAUUUAAGACAAAAGCCAGCUACGUUGCCUUGGCCACUUUGCAGGCAUAUACCUCUAUGCACCUCUUCUUUCAGUUCAAGACCACGUCACCAGAUGGCCUUAUUCUUUAUAACAGUGGUGAUGGCAAUGACUUUAUCGUUGUUGAACUGGUUAAAGGGUAUCUACAUUAUGUUUUCGACUUAGGCAAUGGUGCAAAUCUAAUUAAAGGGAGCUCUAACAAGCCACUAAAUGACCAUCAGUGGCACAAUGUAAUGAUAUCACGAGACACCAGCAACCUCCAUACUGUAAAAAUUGACACAAAAAUUACCACACAGAGCACAGCCGGAGCAAGAAACCUUUCUCUACAAGGUGACCUAUACAUAGGAGGUGUUGCCAAAGAAAUGUACAAAACACUGCCAAAGCUUGUACACGCCAAGGAAGGAUUCCAAGGCUGCCUUGCUUCUGUUGAUCUGAAUGGACGUCUUCCAGACUUGAUCUCAGAUGCUCUUUUGUGUAACGGACAAAUAGAAAGAGGAUGUGAAGGUCCAAGCACAACAUGUCAAGAGGAUUCCUGUGCGAACCAGGGUGUGUGCUUGCAACAAUGGGAUGGAUUCAACUGUGACUGCAGUAUGACCUCAUUUAGCGGAACCUUGUGCAAUGACCCUGGAACAACGUAUAUUUUUAGUAAAGGAGGAGGACAGAUAACAUACACGUGGCCCCCGAACGAUCGGCCCAGCACACGCGCAGACAGACUGGCGAUAGGGUUUAGCACGGUACAGAAAGAAGCGAUAUUGGUUAGAGUGGACAGCUCUACAGGACUCGGGGACUACUUAGAGCUGCACAUACACCAAGGAAAAAUUGGAGUCAAAUUUAAUGUGGGAACAGAUGACAUCUCAAUUGAAGAAGUUAAUGCAAUUAUUAAUGAUGGAAAGUAUCACGUGGUACGUUUCACGAGAAGUGGGGGUAAUGCCACCUUACAAGUCGACAACUUACCAACAAUAGAGCGUUUCCCAGCAGGAAACAAUGAUAACGAACGCCUGGCGAUUGCUAGACAGCGAAUUCCAUAUCGACUUGGUCGAGUAGUUGAUGAUUGGCUACUCGACAAAGGACGUCAGCUUACAAUCUUCAAUAGCCAGGCAACCAUUAAAAUCGGUGGGAAGGAACGGGGACAUCCUUUUCAAGGCCAGCUUAGUGGCCUUUACUACAAUGGCUUAAAAGUUCUGAACAUGGCUGCUGAAAAUGAUGCCAACAUCGUUAUAGAGGGAAAUGUGAGGCUUGUUGGUGAUGUGCCUUCAUCCAUGACAACAGAGUCAACUGCCACGGCAAUGCAGUCAGAAAUGUCCACCUCUAUUAUGGAAACCACCACCACACUGGCCACCAGCACUAGAAGAAUAAAGACACCUACAAGAGAACCUGUUGGUCAGAGUUUUGAUGGCCUCUUUUCCAACGUUCUCCAUUUUUUUUUUAUAUUCAGGUGCCACGUGUGA